AUGAGUACAAACGGGGCUUAUUACUGUUCAAACUACUACGGUUACCACCAAUGCAAAAAUCAAGUCCGUAACUGGGGUGAGAAAUGCAAUCAAUGCACUGCACAAGGGCGAACCACUACCGAUACCACACCAAAUCCCUUCAGCGGCUCGACGUCAUCUGCAGCUGGAAAGAAUGAAUUCCUGCUCGCACCGAGUGAGAAGCUGAAUCCGACGAGACGUGGUAGUGUUCCAAGAAUUGGGACAGAUUAG